AUGGCCGCACCGCAGCAGACCGCCCAGCAGGGCCCUCUCAACCACGACGACAUGGCCGAGUGGACGGCGCGGUUCAACGACGUGCUGGCACGGCCCGGCGAGUACGUCAACUCCAAGUCGCCCGAGACGUCGCAGCCGUGGUACUCGUCCUUUUUUGGCUGCUUCAGCCCCAUCGAGACAUGCGCCAUGACUUACUGCUGCCCCUGCGUCGUCUUUGGCCGCACCCACCACCGCCUGCGCAAGAACGCCAACCUCGAGGGCUACGAGCCCAUCAACACCUCGUGCCUCCUCUUCUGCGGCUCGGGCUGUGUCCUCCUGCACUGGAUCCCCAUGGCCAUGCAGCGCGCCGACCUGCGCACCAAGCACAACCUGCAGGGCAGCUGCCUCGUCGACAUUGCCACGGCCUGCUGCUGCGGGUGCUGCCAGCUCGUCCAGAACGACAAGGAGGCCGAGUACCGCGAGCAGCUGCUCGCCAGCCAGGGCGGCGUCCAACAGCAGGGCUACCAGGCCGCCGGCGGCAUGGCGUAUCCGGGUGACCAGAAGCAGUGA